AUGGAGGAGGAGGAGGAUGUGCUGAUGCAGGGGGAAGAAGAAGAGGACGGGGAGGACCAGGCCAUAGGAAUGGAGCACGUGGUCAUGGACAAGAAAGCAGAAGAGGAUGACUUGGAUGAGGAGGAGGAGGAGGAGGGCAAGGCCAAGUCCUCCUCCACCUCCAUGGCCAUGUCCCCUUUGCCCAGAUGCGAACUAACUGAGGAGCUGCCCCAGGACUCUGGGCCCAGCUCUGUCCUCUCCAGCUCCAUGGACCGCACCUCCGCCCUGCGCUCCCUGGCCGGCUGCUGCCACUGCGGGGUACAAGGGAGUGGCGCCGGGGGCAUGCUGAGGCGGCUGACGCGCCUGCGGAGGGAGCAGGCACAUGGCAGCCUGCCGCCCCUCCCCGCUCCCCCCCCCCCCAGCAGGCUGCAGAACGACGCCCACGUUUCGCUCCAGCCCUUGGCACAGGGCAGAGAAAUGGCUGCAGCGGAGCCAGUUCAGGGGCCGGUGAGCUUCGAGGAGGUGGCUGUGUAUUUCACCGUGGGGCAAGGGGCUCUGCUGGAACCCGCUCAGAGAGCCCUCUACAGAGACGUCAUGCAGGAGAACUAUGAGAACGUGACCUCGCUGGAUGAAGAAGCAGGUCCAGGUGAGGAGAAGAAGCAGAAUCCUCAGCAGGAAGAUUCUGAGCAAGUGGCACCACAUGGGGGAUUAUCGCACGGCUCCAGAGGGAAUGUGUCCCGACAUCGUGUGCAGGGCAAAGCCUGUGAGAGUCAGCACAGGCCAGAGAGGGAGCAGAGAAACCAGCCAGCGGAGAAAGUGGGUAACUCCAUUAAUUGUCAGGGAACUCACCAGGACCUCCUGGAAACCACAGCCCAGCCGAGAAUACCCACAGGAGAGAGAAAAAACACAUGCACUGAGUGUGGAAAACAUUUCACUAACCACUCAGGCCUUUUAAAACAUCAGAGAAUCCACACUGGAGAGAGGCCCUAUGGAUGCAGUGAGUGUGGGAAAAGCUUCACUAGUUCAGCUCUAAUUACACAUCAGAGGAUCCACACAGGAGAGCGCCCCUAUGAAUGCCGUGAAUGCGGGAAACUGUUUUGUCAGAAAUCAACCCUAAUUACACAUCAGGCAAGGCAUACAGGAGAGAGACCCUAUCAGUGCUGUGAGUGCGGGAAAGGCUUCAGUGUGAGCUCAGACCUCAUUGUACAUCAGAGAAUUCACACAGGAGAGAGACCUUAUAAAUGCUGGUGUCCAGUUUCCAAACCUGAUGUGAUCUCCCAGCUGGAACGAGGGGAGGAGCCGUGGGUCCCGGAUCUCCAGGUCUGUGAGGAAGGAGAGAUCCCCAGAGGUGCCUGCACAGCAGGUGCUGGGAUGGUGAGUGAGGAGAAGAAGCAGAAUCCUCAGCAGGAAGAUUCUGAGCAAGUGGCACCACAUGGGGGAUUAUCGCACGGCUCCAGAGGGAAUGUGUCCCGGCAUCGUGUGCAGGGCAAAGCCUGUGAGAGUCAGCAGAGGCCAGAGAGGGAGCAGAGAAACCAGCCAGCGGAGAAAGUGGGUAACUCCAUUAAUUGUCAGGGAAUUCACCAGGACCUCCUGGAAACCACAGCCCAGCCGAGAAUACCCACAGGAGAGAGAAAAAACACAUGCACUGAGUGUGGAAAACAUUUCACUAGCCACUCAGGCCUUUUAAAACAUCAGAUAAUCCACACUGGAGAGAGGCCCUAUGGAUGCAGUGAGUGUGGGAAAAGCUUCACUGUCAACUCAGACCUUAUUGGACAUCAGAAUAUCCACAAGGGAAAGAUACCUCAUCAGUGCUCUGAGUGUGGAAAAACAUUCACACAGAGUUCAGCUCUAAUUACACAUCAGAGGAUCCACACGGGAGAGCGCCCCUAUGAAUGCCGUGAAUGCGGGAAACUGUUCUGUCAGAAAUCAACCCUAAUUACACAUCAGGCAAGGCAUACAGGAGAGAGACCCUAUCAGUGCUGUGAGUGCGGGAAAGGCUUCAGUGUGAGCUCAGACCUCAUUGUACAUCAGAGAAUUCACACGGGAGAGAGACCUUAUAGAUGCUGUGAGUGCGGGAAAAAUUUCACCCGGGGCCCACCCCUUACAAGACAUCAGGGUGUUCACAGGACAGCGACGCAGCGUAGAAACGUUGUGUAG